AUGGAUCGCCAGCCGACCAGGAGAAACACAAACCCGUUUAUUGACAGUACAGAAGACUCCCUGAGGAGCGAGAGAUACCCGAAUGUCCACCCUGUGAAUUUAAUCGAUGAUGAUUUUGGAAUGGAUGAAGGGGUAGGAGCCACUGAAGGGGUUGAUUUCAACACCGACGUGGGUUACAACAUGGGUUUUAACGCUGCUCCUAACGCAGUUCCGAAUGUUGCUCCGAAUGUUGCCCCUAACGCUUCCCCUAACGCUGCUCCUAACGAUACCCCUAACGCUUCCCCUAACGCUUCCCCUAACGCUUCCCCUAACGCUUCCCCUAAGGCUGUUCCCAAUUCCGUCUUCAAUUACGACGGCAACUUCGGUGCGCAAUGUGGAGAGAACUCCAGGCCUCAGUUGGGCAAAGUUGACGGUUCCCAAGGACAGAUCGCUCUGUGCAUAGGGGACAACGACAGCAUGUUAUACUUCAUGCAAGCAGUGGCCUUCGCGACGGCUGUUUUUCUGAAUGUGGUCUUCCUGAACAGACACAUGCUGAAGCGAAACGUCACGAAGAGCGAAUUCGAUGCAGUCUUGUCGGGGAAGCUUUCCAUGGAAGGGUCUCCGAGUCUAGAGUACCAGAGGGCGAAAGAAAGGUCUUACUCCCCAGUCCACAGCGAAGGGAACAAUGAUCUCAACGAGACAUACCCAUUGUUGGGUGACGAGGACUAUGAGUAUGAACCUUUGUCCUCAGUGGAAGAAGAAGUGGACAUUUUCGGACAAGAUGGUGAGAGCCCCUCCUCUGAAGAAGGACAGUAUCGAUUAGACGAGAUAGAAGUACCAAACUUAAUAUACCUGUCUUAUGGGAAUCCUCCAGAUCGGUACCUAUUGAACCCAUUCGAUGAACGAAGCGACCAAGUGGAAGCCGGCAAGAGGGCGCAAAGGCCAACAUACCAGCCAGCAAAUUAUGGAGAAGUCUAUGAAGGAGCCCAGUUUGCAGAUAAGUACCAAAAGUCGAGUAGCGAUUCUGACUUGUUCAGCAACAGUAACAGCUCCCAUAGGAAUGGCAACUUGCAGAACAAUACUUAUGGUUAUGGGCAUGCACCCUAUGCUGACAUCUUUAGGUACCCCAAUUACCCGAAUAUGUAUCAAGCUACUAACUAUUCCACUGGUUCCUUCUUUAAUGGAAGGAUUGAAGAGAACUUGGGAAGCACUACUAGUGGGAGUUCUUCAAAUAACUCUGCGAGUGGUGCCAGUGUCAGUGGCAACAUUGGAGAAGAGAACUUGGCUUACGGCAAUGACGAUUCUCAGUUUGCGCACAGCUACCAAGAGAGCAAUUAUGAAAUUACAAACGAGGAAGAAGUAGAUCCAUUUGAAGACAUACGCCUAGAUGACGAAUUCGACUUUGGAGCUUAUGUAAAUGAAGGUGCCACCACAGAAGGAGAUACUUCUACUACCGGUUCGUCUUCCCAAGGACAUACUGCAGGUGCACAGGGAAUCACCAGCCCUGGAUUUCAAAUUGAUGAAGGAGAUAAUGGCUUUAGAGACACAGAAAAGUAG